AUGAUGAUGUCACAUUCAAAGGCCUCUGGAACCUUUGCAAUGCUGCCUCUGGUAGGAAUCGCUCUUGCCUUGCUGAUGGCACCUGCCUUGUGCGAUGACACAGUGGCUGACGACGUUGGUAGUCACAUGAUGGUCCGUAUCUCAGAGCUCCUAACCCCAGAGGAAUGCCAAGCCUUUCAUGCCAAGCUCCUUAGCCCUGAGGAGAACGUGAAAGAAGAGCUAGAGCGGCUCUCUGCGAAGAAGAACCCCAUUCCUAUCCGCAGUCGGCGAGACAUCACCAUCAUCAGCACAGAGGAAUGCAGGGGGACCCUGCUCAGCUGGCUGGAGACAGAAGGAGACACCAUGUAUUGGGAUCGCCUGUCACGAGCUCUCCAAGCUAUUGGGCGCUCCGACAUUUCCAUGGAGCUGGGCAAGAACCUCAACCAGGACAAGACCUUGGAGAUCAAGAAGAACGUGGAAGGAUAUCACAAGACUGUCAAGCAUCUGACCUCCUCGCUGCUCCUGGAGGAGAACGGAAUGAGCGGGGAUGAAGAGAGGAGCGGAGAAGGCCGCCUGCGGCGGGAGGGCAAAGGCUCCAAGACCAAGCUGGAGCCGGGAGAAUGGGAUGACCUUGAGCUUAUCGUAGAGAGGAAGCCACUACCACCGUACAACAGGAGCCUCUUUGAAUGGGUCACUCCGGUGGCAACUGGCAUCAUCAGUGGGUUUCUAACGUCCUUUGUUCUGGCAGCUCUGGCUCUCUACUCUUUCUUCUGGAUCCUGAACCAAGGAAGCCACGAUUCCACCCAGCCCAGCUGGGACUCCAUGCCAGAGAUGAUUUUCCGUUCACCAUCGCCCAGGCGCGGCGGCAUCUAUUACACAUUUCAGCGGCUGGACAAAUUAGGGAAAUGUGAUGGCGAGCCAGUUGACGACGAUGACGACGGUGGUGGUGAUGAUGAUAAUGACAAUGACGGUGCUGAGGAAGGCCAGGAAAAAGAAUUCCUAGUGAGGCCGUAA